ACUUGGUACGACCCACGCCGCGCCCCGCGCCGCCGGAAGUGAGGUGUCUUACCCCUCGAAGUUCCGGUUCGCAGGGGGUGGGAGUGUUGUUAACCGGAGCGGCCGCAGCAGUCGCCGGAUUGAGUGGCCGCGCGGCGCUGUGCUGCUGGUCUUCGGGCCAGGGCGAUGUUCCGCACCGCAGUGAUGAUGGCGGCCAGCCUGGCGCUGACCGGAGCCGUGGUGGCUCAUGCCUACUACCUCAAGCACCAGUUCUAUCCCACUGUGGUGUACUUGACCAAGUCCAGCCCCAGCAUGGCAGUCCUGUACAUCCAGGCCUUUGUCCUUGUCUUCCUCUUGGGCAAGGUGAUGGGCAAGGUGUUCUUUGGGCAGCUGAGAGCAGCAGAGAUGGAGCACCUCCUGGAACGUUCCUGGUAUGCUGUCACUGAGACUUGUCUGGCCUUCACUGUCUUCCGGGACGACUUCAGCCCUCGCUUUGUUGCGCUCUUCACUCUCCUCCUCUUCCUUAAGUGUUUCCACUGGCUGGCUGAGGACCGUGUGGACUUUAUGGAACGCAGCCCCAAUAUCUCCUGGCUCUUUCACUGCCGCAUUGUCUCCCUCAUGUUCCUUCUGGGUAUCCUGGACUUCCUCUUCGUCAGCCACGCCUAUCACAGCAUCCUGACCCGUGGGGCUUCUGUGCAGCUGGUAUUUGGCUUUGAGUAUGCCAUCCUGAUGACUAUGGUGCUCACCAUCUUCAUCAAGUAUGUGCUGCACUCCGUGGACCUCCAGAGCGAGAACCCCUGGGAUAACAAGGCCGUGUACAUGCUCUACACGGAGCUGUUCACAGGCUUCAUCAAGGUUCUGCUGUACAUGGCCUUCAUGACCAUCAUGAUCAAGGUGCACACCUUCCCACUCUUUGCCAUCCGGCCCAUGUACCUGGCCAUGAGGCAGUUCAAGAAAGCUGUGACAGACGCCAUCAUGUCUCGCCGAGCCAUCCGCAACAUGAACACACUGUAUCCAGAUGCCACCCCAGAGGAACUCCAGGCAGUGGACAACGUCUGCAUCAUCUGCCGGGAAGAGAUGGUGACUGGUGCCAAGAGGCUCCCCUGCAACCACAUUUUCCACACCAGCUGCCUGCGCUCCUGGUUCCAGCGGCAACAGACCUGCCCUACUUGCCGCAUGGACGUUCUUCGGGCAUCGCUGCCAGCCCAGUCACCACCACCCCCCGAGCCUGCGGACCAGGGGCCACCCCCUGCCCCCCACCCCCCACCACUCCUGCCCCAGCCCCCUAACUUCCCCCAGGGCCUCCUGCCUCCUUUUCCUCCAGGCAUGUUCCCGUUGUGGCCCCCCAUGGGCCCCUUCCCACCUGUCCCGCCACCUCCCAGCUCAGGAGAGGCUGCGGCCCCUCCAACCACAAGUGCAGCAGCCCUUUCUCGGCCCAGUGGAGCAGCCACGACCACAGCUGCAGGCCCUACUGUUGCUGGAGCCUCUGCCCCGGCACCUGGUUCCGUCCCUGCCCCUGAGGCUGGCCCCACCCCAGGCUUCCCCUUCCCUCCCCCCUGGAUGGGUAUGCCCCUGCCUCCCCCCUUUGCCUUCCCCCCAAUGCCUGUGCCCCCUGCGGGCUUUGCUGGGCUGACCCCCGAGGAGCUGCGGGCUCUGGAGGGCCACGAGCGGCAGCAUCUGGAGGCCCGGCUGCAGAGCCUGCGGAAUAUCCACACGCUGCUGGAUGCUGCCAUGCUGCAGAUCAACCAGUACCUCACCGUGCUUGCCUCCCUAGGGCCCCCCAGGCCUGCCACGUCAGUCAGCCCCACUGAGGAGGCUGCUCCUACAGUUGUCGCUGCUGCCUCCUCCACUAGCAUUCCCAGCUCCGAGGCCACCACCCCAUCCCCUGGAGCCUCCCCACCUGCCCCUGAGCCUGAAAAGCCUCCAGCUCCAGAGUCAGUGGGCACUGAGGAGCUGCCGGAAGAUGGGGAGCCUGACGCAGCAGAGCUCCGCCGCCGCCGCCUACAAAAGUUGGAGUCCCCUGUUGCCCACUGACACUGCCCCAGGCCCAGUCCCUGCCCCCGCUCUCUCGAGCAGCCCUCGCUGGAACACGUCCUGCCACCAAGUGCCAGCUCCCUCUCUAUCUGCACCAGGGAGAAGUAGCCCCCAGCUCUGAAAAAGAGGAGAUGGCCUACCCUAGCCAAGCAGAAAGAGGCCUGGGUCCCCGGCUGACUCCAGGCAUCCGUUCCCAGACAGCCAUGGGGAUCUCGGGUCAGUCCCAGCCCUCCUCCCACUCUUCAGCCCUGUGUUCUGCUGGGGCCUGGCUGGGCCGUGAGGGCAGAAAGGCUCAGCCUCUGUGAAGCUCUUACUCCCCAUCCCUUUCUGGGAGAAGGGGCAGCCCCUCCGAGCCCUACUUGUGUAUGCAGAGUCACGCUGCAGUGCCGAACAGUAUUAGCUCCCGUUCCUCAGUGUGGACUCCAGAAGGGCUGGAGGCAGGCCAGGAUCUUGCUCCCUGGCCCACCCACCAAGACUGGUACUGAUUUCCUUUUCUUACCCCAUUUCCCCAGAAACCUCUUGUGGUGGCUGUGCCCCCUAUGCCCUGUGGCAUUUCCGUGUCUUACUGGCAACCACACAACUCAGGGAAAGGAGUGCCUGGGGGUGGGGGGCAGGCAGGCAGCACUGAGGGACCCUGCCCCGCCCCUCCCCCAGGUUCCUCUCCCCGUGCCGCUUCUCCAGUGGAGACUGACCUGGUCUCACCCAGCAGCCACUGCCCAGCCUCCCUGCGGGCUGAGGACUAGUGCGUCUGCUCUUAACCAUUGCAAACCCCAGCAUCAGAGGAAGGCCAUUUCUUGACCUGCAGGACUUCUUGAGAAGAAUUGGAAUUCCUUCCUUCCUAGUGUCUUUUGGCUUAAACGCUGUCUUUUGAAUUUGAAUGCUUGACCCCAGGAAGGAGGAGCAGGAGUGCCAGGCUCCUGGUCUGUGCAGUUGAGAAAAGGCUCCAGGCCAGGGAGGGACCACAGGAGCCCAGGUCUGCCUACCCGCAUCCUUUUUCCCCUCAGUUUUGUGUUACAAGAGUUGCUGGAGACAGUUUCAGAUGAUUAUUUAAUUUGUAAAUACUGUACAAAUUUUAAUAGCUUAAUGGUGUAUACAACCAAAUAAAAACUUGCAUUAAC